GUAACCUGGUUUGGCUCGCUUAUGAGAAAAUAAAUGAGCUAGAAAAUAUGAAUGCGAGUUUGAGUCUUUUUCUCGAGAGAUAUCAUGCUUGGAAAUGCGCCGACACAACUUCCCAAAGUUUUGUAUGGUCCAAACAUUUCACCAACGACUGUUUCCUCAACUUGGGCCAAUACAGAGCUGGCCUCGAUGAACAUCUGAAAAUAAAUCGAUCGAGCUAACAAGCAAGCAACAAUUUCUGACGUGUAGCCUAAUUGUUCAAGUUCAGACAGGGAUGCAGGAGUUCAUUUGGCAGGGAAACCUGUCAUGAUCUGUGCAUGUCAUUUUUCUCACCAACAUGCUGUGCUGGGAGUUAUACAGAGCUCACACAUUGCUAGAGGGGCAAACAUUUCGGCUCAUUUCAGACUUCUUCCGAGCUCAGAGCGGCUACUGGAUUUGCGUGAAGAACCAGCGUUGGCUUUAGACGUCCAUGGUCGCCAGGGAUAUGAAGCUGGUUGCGGGGUUAGCCGUGCUAUGGCUCUGUGUUGCAGAGGCCGUGGAAAACUGCCCCAGUGAUUGUAAAUGCAGCCAGAAAUCCAGUACGGAAAAGACUGAAGUCAACUGUCAAAAGAGGGGGCUUCAGAGCAUCCCACCCAAACUCCCUCUGGACUCAUGGAUCCUAAAAAUGGGUGAAAAUUUUCUGCAGGACCUCCCAGAAAACAUCCUGACCGCCGUCCCAAAAAUCGAGAGCGUAAAACUGGAGCGAAACUCAAUCAAAUCAAUACACCCUCAAGCAUUUGCUGGUGCCCAGCGAUUGAUGCUUUUGAAUCUGCAAGGAAACCGGAUUUCUAAACUUCCAGUGAAGGGCUUCAAAGACCUCCUAAACCUACGCUUUCUCAUGCUGGGCCAGAAUCAGAUAGCUAGCUUGAAACCUAACAUGUUCAUUGGCAUGAGGAACCUCUCAGAGCUGGAUCUGCCCCUGAACGCCCUCACUGCCCUCCCUCCAAAUGCAUUCAAGCCUCUGAUUGCCCUCAAAGUUCUGGACUUUUCCUUGAACCGCAUCCAAAGGAUCUCGCCCAAAGCCUUUGUUGGACUUGAAGAGCUGCUUUUUCUCAACUUGGACAACAACAAGCUGAAGAAUAUUCAAGCUGGGACCUUUGGUCCCCUGAUUGGCCUUGAGAUGCUGGUACUGGACAACAAUUUGCUCUCCACACUUACCGCGUCCACACUAGAAGGUCUUUCCAACCUGCAGGAGCUCUAUAUCAGAAAGAACGAAAUUGAGAGCCUGCCAUCUGACGUAUUCCGUCACACACCUAAACUUACUCAUGUGGGCUUAAAUGGGAAUCGACUUCAUGCCAUUGAUGGCAACAUGCUGGCCAACAUGCAAGGGUUGAAGGAGGUGUAUCUGCACGAUAACCCAUGGAAAUGUGACUGCAGUAUCAACUCACUGGUACAUUACGUAGCCCAGACGAGGGCUAAUCAUUCGCCACUGCAAAGACUUCGGUGCGUUAGCCCAGAAGAGUUUCGUGAUAGACCCAUUCACCAGCUGAAAGCUGAGGAACUUCCCUGCAGGGCCUAGAAAAUCCUCAAGUCUGAUAUCAUAUCACGUGCGACCUCCAAAAGUUGGAAGCGUAACACAAUAACAGCGUGAUAUUUUCUGUAAUUGAAUAGUGGUGCUUCACAUAACUCCAACCACAAUGACUUUGACAGGUUAAUGAUAGUGCUGCUGUACUGCAGAUAAUCUUAACUUUCACCCACACCAGACCACCUCGAGAGGCUUUCAGCAUACAUCCUACAAAACUAAAGGAAGAACUGUGCAUCUGGUAUUCCCAAUACAGAAGAAAUGUCAUAUUUUUUGUAAUAUAAUAUUAAUAUAUUUUCACUUUCAACUUAAUAUUACAAAUGAUUUUCUUAAAUGCAUUAUUUAUCCACAAUGUGUUUUUUAUUGUCCUUCAUCACCAAAAUAUAAUCCCUCUAAAUAAUGUUUGUAGGUGAGUAUAACUGCUGUAUUUUAUAUUUACUGUCAUUAAACCUAUGUUUACAAUUAGUUAUCUAUAUGAAGUACACAGUAUACACAAUAAACACAUCUUGACUCUGCAAAUGCA